AUGUCGAAGUUCUGGCCCAAGGGAGGUCUUCCCGGUAUUCUGCACCACUACACCGAAACUCUUGUCGCGUUCGAAUAUGCCUCCUCCACUGUCCGCCAGCCUAACAGUCUCCUCUUCGUCGGAGGUCUCGGCGACGGCCUCGCGACAACAUCCUACAUGGCCGAUCUCGCGCGCGCACUACAGAACUCCGAAUGGUCCCUCUUCACCUUGAACCUCACAUCCUCAUACCAAUCAUGGGGUCUUGGACAUCUGGAUCGCGACACAAACGAGAUUGCCCAGUGUUUGGAAUACAUUAAGAGCUACAAGGCCGACAAGUUCGGUGGUGGAAAGCUUGCUAUGAUGGGCCAUUCCACAGGUAGUCAGUGUGUGCUGCACUACCUCUCCCAGUCGAACCCCCACACCGACAUUCCCGCUUUCGAUUCUGGUAUCGAGCACAUUGAGCGACCUGCUCUUGAUGGCGCAAUCAUGCAAGCUCCUGUCUCUGAUCGGGAGGCCAUCUUCUGGGUGCUGAAGUGGGGUAUUGGUGACACAACGCCUGAGAAGGCCCGGGCUACAUAUGAUGAGAUGGAGAGGCUGGCUAGGGAAGCUGUUGCUGAAGGCAAGCCCCAUGAUACUAUACUGCCUCUCUCUUUGACUUCUAUGAUCUACCCCGCCAACACCCCCAUUAGCUGUCGCAGAUUCUUGAGCUUGGUCAGCCCUGAAAGUCCCCAAGCUCCCCAGGAGGAUGACUUGUUCAGUUCUGACCUGAGUGAUGAGCACUUCGGUACCACUUUUGGUAAAAUCCAGCAGCAUGGACUGCUAAAGCAUAAGUUGAUGGUCCUGAUCUCUGGGAAGGAUCAGUCCAUCCCUGAUUGGGUGGACAAGGAGAAGAUGCUGGCCAGGUGGAAGAAUGCCACCAACCAUGGAGGCAAAUAUGAGAUCUGGGAUGAUAAGCACACUGGUGUCAUUCCUAAUGCGUCCCACGCUCUGAGUAAUGAUGAUCAGGCUGAGGCUAGAGAGUGGCUUGUGGAGAGAGUGUUGGGCUAUCUGAAAACAGCUGCAGACAAGCCAUAG